CAAUUGUCAUCAGUUGUCAUUUUCCGCCGGAGUGGCCGCGCUCACAAUCAGUAAACGUCAAAAUGGCAGACUUGAUAGCCGUGCCCCUAAAAAAGCCAUCAGACGUUGACGUUAUUAAACCGUUGACAAAUGUUAUUAGAUCGACGUAUAAUUCGGCUAAUAAUCAGAAGGAUUAUACCGAAGCCAUAAAUGAAUUUAGUAAACUACGAAACAACGCGUUAUGGCGUGCCUUUGAGAAGUACGAGAGCUCUCUGGAGGUUAUUUACAGCUAUUAUGAUCAACUCGUUGCCUUGGAAGGAAAAAUUCCAGCACAUGAAGUUCAGAUACCAUUUAAAUGGAAGGACGCGUUUGACCGAACGAUAUUUGGGGGAAAGCUGAGUUUGACAAUUAGUACGUUGUCGUAUGAAAAGGUUUGUGUACUGUUCAACAUCGCAGCACUACAGAGUUCAGUAGCAGCUACUCAAUCACUUGAAAGUGAUGAGGGCCUGAAGUUGGCUGCUAAACUUUUUCAGCAAUCAGCUGGUAUAUUUAACUUUUUGAAAGGAAAUGUAAUGUUAGCAAUCCAGCAGGAACCAACUCCUGAUAUAAGCCCCGAUACUCUUGGCGCGUUGUCUUCUUUAAUGAUAGCGCAGGCUCAAGAAAUAUUUGUCCAUAAAGCUAUUCAUGACUCCAUGAAGGAUGGCAUUGUAGCUAAACUUGCUGCACAAGCAGAAGACUUAUAUGCUGAUGCGUUAAAAUUGUUUCAAAAAGAAAUCUUUCGGGCUUUCUGGGACAAAGAAUGGGUGCCUUUGGUUGCAGGAAAACAAGCUGGAUACAGAGCAAUGUCCGAAUUUUAUCAAAGCUUGGUAUGCAAGGCAAACAAAACUGUAGGGGAAGAAAUCGCGAGAUUGGAUCAUGCGGUUGAGUUGUUCAAAGCAGCUCAACAACGAUCCAACAGAUCAAACUUGUUUCAAGACUAUGCUAACAAAGCACAGAGAAAUUUAACUGAGGCAAGAAAGGACAAUGACUUUAUUUAUCAUGAGCGAAUCCCAGACGUCAAGUCACUUGAUCCCAUUGGAAAAGCGAGCAUAGCAAAAUUGCUGCCACUUUCUGAACCUCUCAGCUCUAAUUUUCAUGAUUCAUUUGAAGAGUUGUUACCUAUAAGCGUGCACCAUGCCUUGUCAUCUUAUGAAAUGCGCCGAACAGAGCUUGUCAAUGCAGAGAUUUCCAAGCUGCGAGAAUCGACUCAGAUGCUAAACAGUGUUCUGGCUAGCUUAAAUUUGCCAGCUGCUAUAGAAGACACUAGUGGUACAGAAAUACCUCAAUCUUUAUUGGAUAAAGCAGCAUACGUUAGAAAUGCUGGUGGUAUUCAAGCUCUUGAAGCUACAAUGAAUGAACUUCCAGAUCUGUUACAAAGAAAUAAAGAUAUUCUGGAUGAGUCUGAAAGAAUGCUCAAAGAAGAGAAAGAUUCGGAUGAUCAGUUGAGAGAGCAGUUUAAAGAGCGAUGGACCAGAAUACCGAGCGCCAGGCUGACAGAACAAUUUAGUGUCAAUGCUCAAAAAUACAGAGACAUUAUUAACAACGCUGUUGCUGCUGAUAAGGUCGUUCGUCAAAGAUUUGAAUCAUUUCGUCCCGGAAUGGAAACCCUUAGCAGAGAUGCAAGUGAAUUAUCAAAUACUGUCCCUGCUGGUUCUGCACUUCAAGAAAGUGGCGCUGUCAGUCAACUCAGAAAACUCAUGGAAGAUGUGGAGACAUUGAAAGCUGAGCGUGAUGUGAUUGAAAGCGAGUUGAAGUCAGUCACCACUGAUAUGAAGGCUACAUUUUUAUCAGCAUUGUCUGAAGACGGCGCAAUUGAUGAACCGAAUAUGUCUGUGGAAAACAUUGGUCAACUUUAUGGCCCACUUCAGAAACAAGUUCGAGAUAGUAUUGCUCAUCAAGAAUCCCUCGUAUCUCAUAUUCAGUCACAUCAUGCUGCGUUUAUAAACGAACACACUGGAGCUGGAAGCUCACGUGAGGCAAUGUUAUGUCAACUGGCAUCUGCAUACGAUGCAUUCAAGGAGCUUGAAAACAAUUUGAGAGAAGGAGCUAAGUUUUACAAUGAUCUUACACAGCUGUUAGUAGUUUUCCAAAACAAAAUAUCAGACUUCUGUUUUGCUCGUAAAACUGAAAAGGAAGAACUCAUGAAAGAUUUGACCACUAAUUUGAGCCACACUGGUCCAGUAUCAACACCAGCGAUUCCAUCGCAUCAUGGAGGAUCCCAGCCACAAGCACAGUCCAAUGCUCAAGGUGGAUCACAAUUACCAUAUCCAACAAUGCAGUAUGGCGGAAUGCCCAUUCCAUAUGGAGCAAAUGCAGCAGCCCCUUAUCCGACCUAUGCACCACCCCCAAUGCCAGCGGGUUACAAUGGAUUGUACAAUUAUACAACAAUGCCUUAUCCUGCACAAGGUGGAUAUAAUCCAUAUCAGCCACCCCAGGCUCCAUACGGUGGUUACGCAACUCUUCCAAGAUAUGGGGGCUCAAAUCCGCCCCAAAAACCGUGGUGAAAAUUGGAUGCAGAGAUUAAUAGUGGUUAAGUAAUCGUCCCACUACUUGAAAUAAAUAAACGCUCCAAUUUAAUAAACUGCAAAGCAGUGAAUCUCCUGGAUUGGAGAGAAGUUUUACAAUCUUUCGUUUCGAUUAUUGAUGAAUAACAUGAAGAAUAGGUCUUGAAUUAAUUGUAGAUAAAGGAGAAAAAAAGAAGAAUAAUCUAGCUAUGUAGAUGAUUUCAAAAUGCAAAUUAUUUGAACAGCGUUGUGUAAUUAGAAGAGUUGACCAUGUAUUUUUUAUCUGUGUAUUGUGUUCCUUCUUACCACUGUUUUAUGCAAUAUAAAAUUAAUUCGCGAAAAUAUGGGCUACUUUAGGUUUCAAGAGCAUGAGAAUUUUGUGUAAACGCUACAUUUAUUUUUGUUAAGAAUUAUAUUACAUGAUUAAUAAUAUAUAACA